ACGAAGAGGCGGGGUCGCCCAAGCUGCCGCGCUGGCAUUUUCUCCUGGACAAGGAGAGAGUGCGGCUGCUGAGAGCCCAGCACAGCAGUCCUGAUCCUCAGAGUCGUGAAGAAGGCAGGCAGCGAGGGGGUUGGGGUUGGGGCCUGAGGCAAGGCUCUGCUCUUGCCAGAGGGACAGGAGCCAUGGCUCAGAAAAUGGACUGUGGUGCAGGCCUCCUCAGCUUUCAGGCUGAGACCUCUGUAGAAGACAGCACCAUGCUCAUGCAGACCUUGAUGGAAGCAAUCCAGAUCUCCUCGGAGGCUCCACCUACCAACCAGGCCACAGCAGCUGCCAGUGGGCAGAAUGCUAGUCUCCAGAGUUCACAGCCCCCAACUGCCAAAGAGAUGGCUGACAUUGAGGUGUCAGCAGCUGCUGCCAGACCUAAGACAGCAUUUAAAGCCCAGAAUACCACCACAAAGGGUCCAAAUGGUGUCUAUGAUUUCUCUCAGGCACAUAAUGCCAAGGAGAUGCCCAACACCCAGCCUAAAACAACUUUUAAGUGUCAGAAUGCCUCUCCAAAAAGCCCAAAUGCUGCCUGUGAUUUUUCUCAGGCAGCAACCACUGGAGAAUUAGCUGCUAAGAAGUGUGAGAUGGCCCUUAAGGCCCGGAAUACCACUACUGAUGUAGGCUCCAGUACUGCCUACAGUUUCUCACAAUUUCCCAAUGGCAGUGAGAUGACCAACAACCAGCCUAAGAUGGCUGCCAAUGCUUGGAAUGAUACCACUAAAGUACCUGUAGCUGAUACCCAGACACAGAAUGUAAACCAGGCCAAAAUGGCCACUUCUCAGGCUGAAGUAGAGACCAGCCCAGUUCUCUCUGAAUCUAAUGGUGCAGCUGCACAGACUUCAGCAGAUGGCUCCCAGGCUCAGAAUCUGGAAUCUCGGACUAUCAUUCGGGGCAAAAGGACCCGCAAGAUUAAUAACUUGAAUGUGGAAGACAAUGGCAGUGGAGAUCAGAGACGGGCCUCACUGGCUUCAGGCAACUGGAGAUCUGCACCAGUUCCAGGAACUACUCAGAAUCCACCUGGAGCACCCUCUCAUGUGCUCUGGCAGACCCCACUGGCUUGGCAGAACCCAUCAGGCUGGCAAAACCAAACAGCCAGGCAGACCCCACCAGCACGUCAGAGCCCUCCAACUAGGCAGACACCUCCUGCUUGGCAGAACCCAGUUGCAUGGCAGAAUCCAGUGAUAUGGCCAAACCCAGUGAUCUGGCAGAAUCCUGUGAUAUGGCCAAACCCCAUUGUCUGGCCUGGCCCAAUUGUCUGGCCAAACCCAAUGGCCUGGCAGAAUGUACCUGGAUGGCAGUCCCCACCUGGAUGGCAGACCCCACCUGGUUGGCAGGGCCCUCCAGACUGGCAAGGCCCUCCUGAUUGGCCACUACCACCUGACUGGCCUCUGCCACCUGACUGGUCGCUUCCUACGGACUGGCCUUUUCCACCUGACUGGAUUGCUGCCGAUUGGCCAAUUCCACCUGACUGGCAGAACUUAAGGCCCUCACCUAACCUGAGACCCUCCCCCAACUCUCGUGCCUCUCAGAACCCGAGUGCCCCACAGCCCAGAGAUGUGACUCUUCUUCAGGAACGAGCAAAUAAGUUGGUCAAGUAUCUGAUGCUUAAAGACUACACAAAGGUGCCCAUCAAGCGCUCAGAAAUGCUGAGGGACAUCAUCCGAGAAUACACUGAUGUCUAUCCAGAAAUCAUUGAACGUGCAUGUUUUGUUCUGGAGAAGAAAUUUGGGAUUCAACUGAAGGAAAUUGACAAGGAUGAGCACCUGUAUAUUCUCAUCAGUACCCCUGAGUCCCUGGCUGGCAUACUAGGAACGACCAAAGAUACACCCAAGCUGGGUCUCCUCUUAGUGAUUCUGGGCAUCAUCUUCAUGAAUGGCAACCGUGCCAGUGAGGCUGUCCUCUGGGAGGCACUACGCAAGAUGGGACUGCGCCCUGGGGUUAGACAUCCCCUCCUUGGUGAUCUGAGAAAACUUCUUACCUAUGAGUUUGUAAAGCAGAAAUACCUGGACUAUAGACGAGUGCCCAACAGCAACCCUCCUGAGUAUGAGUUCCUCUGGGGCCUCCGUUCCUACCAUGAGACUAGCAAGAUGAAAGUGUUGAGAUUCAUUGCAGAGGUUCAGAAGAGAGAUCCUCGUGACUGGACUGCACAGUUCAUGGAGGCUGCAGAUGAGGCCUUGGAUGCUCUGGAUGCUGCUGCAGCUGAGGCUGAGGCCCGGGCUGAAGCAAGAACCCGCAUGGGGAUUGGAGAUGAGGCCGUGUCUGGUCCCUGGAGCUGGGAUGACAUCGAGUUUGAGCUGCUUACCUGGGAUGAGGAAGGAGAUUUUGGAGACCCCUGGUCCAGAAUUCCAUUUACUUUCUGGGCCAGAUACCACCAGAAUGCCCGCUCCAGAUUUCCUCAGACCUUCACCGGCCCCAUUAUUGGCCCAGGUGGUACAGCUGGUGCCAACUUUGCCGCCAACUUUGGUGCCAUUGGUUUCUUCUGGGUUGAGUAAAUAUCAGAUAUUGCUCAUCAUUUGCAAUAGUUUUCCUCUGAAUGAGGCUGAAGCCUCAGAUUCCUUCUAAUCACAGCUAUCUAGAGAGCCACAUCGUGUUGACUGAAAGUGGCAUGCAAGAUAACUUUAUUUGAUGUUCUGUCUAUUAUUUUUUUCUUGUGUACUGUCAAGUUUUGGUAUCAGAAAUAAACGUUGAAAUCGCAAAGUAAA